AUGACGGAAGUCAGUGAAUCCAAAAUCUUAGGGCACUUGUCCACUGCAGCGCACGCUUCGAUUGAUGACACUUUCCCAUGGGCUGCCAGCGAGAAAAUCGAUCAUGAAGCCGUGGUGGGAACCAUCAAGUCUCUCAUGGCCGAUGAAUUUGUCAAAGUCGACAACUUGUCAACUAGUUUCUACAGUUUGACGGGAGAGGGCGAAACGAUUUUGGCAGAAGGGUCCCAGGAAUACAAAGUUCUAAAGGCUCUGGAAGACGCUCCUCUGUCGUUGAAAGAUCUAGAAGCCAAAGUUGGAAAAAAUAUUGCCAAGAUUGGAAUGGGAAACUGCAUGAAGAAGAAAUGGAUCAAGAAGGAUGGUGGGAACUUGCUUGCCUUGAAAAAGAGUUCAGAAGUUAGUGACGAAGUUCAAGAUAUGUUGAAGAAGCUAAAGGCUGCUGACUUUGCUAAAGAUGCUAUCUCAGAUAAGGAAUUCAAAGACUUAAAGAAAAGAAAAAUGGCCAACUUGGUCACCCGAAAGUCCUUCAAGGUCGAACGGGGACCGAAGUAUGCUCCACAACGUGUCAAGAAGUCGGCUGAUUUGACCAAGGAAAUGUUGGAAUCUGGUGCUUGGAAAACUGCUGAAUUCAAGCCAUACAAUUUCUUGACGCUGGGAGAAAAGGUCGGUGGAGGAUACCUUCAUCCGUUGCUGAAGGUUCGCGCCGAAUUUAGAAAGAUCCUGAUGGAAAUGGGAUUCCACGAAAUGCCAACCAACAAGUGGGUGGAAUCUUCCUUUUGGAAUUUUGAUUCGCUCUUUCAACCCCAAUCCCACCCUGCCCGUGACGCUCACGAUACCUUUUUCAUCAAGGAACCUGGUGCCACUGUCAGUGUACCAGAAGAAUAUUACGAGCGAGUAAAGAAAAUGCACGAGGUUGGAGGAGCUGGGUCUAUCGGAUACCGCUAUGAUUUCAAAAAGGAGGAAGCUUUCAAGAACUUGCUGCGAACGCAUACUACUGCUGUUUCAUCGCAAAUGCUGUACAAGCUAGCCAACCAACCAGGGGGCUUCAAGCCAGCUAGAUAUUAUUCAAUUGAUCGUGUCUUUCGUAAUGAGACUAUGGAUGCUACACACUUGUGUGAAUUCCACCAAGUGGAAGGAUUGGUUGCCGACUACGACCUUUCUUUGGGAGACUUGAUUGGAACUAUUGAAACAUUUUUCAAGAAGAUCGGUAUCACCCAACUUCGUUUCAAGCCUGCCUUCAACCCUUACACAGAACCCUCGAUGGAAAUUUUUGGAUACCAUCCCGACUUGAAGAAGUGGACUGAAAUUGGAAACUCUGGAAUGUUCCGUCCAGAGAUGUUGGCUCCCAUGGGAUUGCCCGAAAAUGUCCGAGUUAUUGCCUGGGGUCUCUCGCUGGAACGACCCACAAUGAUUAAAUACAGGAUCAAGAACAUUCGUGACCUCUUUGGACACAAGGUUGAAAUGGCCCGUACUCGAACCGCUCCUAUCUGUAGGUUCGAUGCCGUCGAAUAA